AUGACUGCAGUCUUCUCGUCUGAAACUAUACGGCCGGCGGGAUGUAACCGGCCGCUGAGCUGCAACCCUUCCGUGUCCGCAGGCUUCGGCCCGGCCGCCGCCGCCCAUAAGCUAUGGAGGAGCUUGACAACUUCCUGGCCUGCAGGGCCGGAAGCAGCAAGGGCCAGACGCGGCGCGAGCCGGCGCUGCGAGCCAACGGGCCGGCGCCUGGCGGGCACGAUCGUUGGUCUGGAACUCCUGAGCUCAAACAAUCUACCCACCUCGGCCUCCCAAAGUUCUGGGAUUACAGGUGUGAGCCACCUUACCCAGAGAGGCGAACCUGGAUUGGGAAAGUCGACAUUAAUCAACUCAUUAUUCCUCACAGCUUUGUAUUCUCCAGAGUAUCCAGGUCCUUCUCAUAGAAUUAAAAAGACUAUACAGGGACAAUCUAAAGUUUUAAUCAAAGAAGGUGGUGUUCAGUUGCUGCUCACAAUAGUUGACACCCCAGGAUUUGGAGAUGUAGUGGAUAAUAGUAAUUGCUGGCAGCCUGUUAUCGAUUACAUUGAUAGUAAAUCUGAGGACUACCUAAAUGCAGAAUCACGAGUGAACAGACGUCAGAUGCCUGAUAGCAGGGUGCAGUGUUGUCUAUACUUCAUUGCUCCUUCAGGACAUGGACUUAAACCAUUGGAUAUUGAGUUUAUGAAGCGUUCUCAUGAAAAAGUGAUUAUCAUCCGACUUAUUGCCAAAGCAGACACACUUACACCAGAGGAAUGCCAACAAUUUAAAAAACAGAUAAUGAAAGAAAUCCAAGAACAUAAAAUAUAUGAAUUUCCAGAAAUAGAUGAUGAAGAAGAAAAUAAACUUGCUAAAAAGGUAAAGGACUGUUUACCUCUUGCUGUGGUAGGUAGUAAUACUAUCAUUGAAGUUAAUGGCAAAAGGGUCAGAGGAAGGCAGUAUCCUUGGGGUGCUGCUGAAGUUGAAAACGGUGAACAUUGUGAUUUUACAAUUCUAAGAAAUAUGCUGAUAAAAACACACACGCAGGACUUGAAAGAUGUUACUAAUAAUGUCCACUAUGAGAACUACAGAAGCAGAAAACUGGCAGCUGUGCCUUAUAAUGGAGUUGAUAACAACAAGAAUAAAGGGCAGCUGACUAAGAGCCCUCUGGCACAAAUGGAAGAAGAAAGAAGGGAGUAUGCAACUAAAAUGAAGAAGAGAGAGCUGGAGAUGGAGCAGGUGUUUGAGAUGAAGGUCAAAUUAAAAGUUCAAAAACUAAAGGACUCUGAAGCUGAGCUCCAGUGGCGCCAUGAGCUAAUGAAAAAGAAUUUGGAAGCACAGCACAAAGAAUCAGAGGAAAAACGUCGUCAGUUUGAGGAUGAGAAAGCAAACUGGGAAGCUCAACAACAUAUUUUACAACAGAACUCUUCGAGAACCUUGGAAAAGAACAAGAAGAAAGGGAAGAUCUUUUAAACUCUCUAUUGACCACCAGUUACGUAUUAGUUGCCAAUAUGCCAGCUUGGAUAUCAGUGUUUGUUGGAUCCGUUUGACCAA